AUGAAAAUUGUAUUAAUAAACUUCAUUGCGAGGAGCAUACACCUUGAAUGUAGCAUGUACUAAAUUAUUAUCAAUAACGUUACGACAGCAUUUACAAGCCGUCAGGAUUUGCAAAACUUUUUAUUUCAAAGUGUGCAGUUAUUGCAAUAUCAAUUUCCAAAGCAUUAUUUGUCUCUGUGAAUAUGCUUCCAUUUGUUUUUGGUACAAGUCAAUCGUAUAUAUUCUCAUAAUUAUUAAAAUUCAUUUUGUGGCAUUAAAAUUCAUUUUGUGGCAUUAAAAUUCAUUUUGUGGUUGUAAAAUCAACAUGACUUCUGCAUGCUGCAGCGCUCAGAAAUGCGUCAUCGUAAUUGGGGUAGUAACAGGGAUUUUGGCCGCCAUCUCAUGCGUGUCGGUGGUGGCGACGUACAUCACGUUGGAGGAUCACAUGCAGUCGUGCAAGCGAGACGAUGCCAGCAGCGCAUCAGACGUGCUUAAGUUGCUGCCUUGUGAACUCUUCGUCAACGCUUCAUUUGCUCUCUCUAGUCGAGUAUUCUUGCUGGUGCAAAUUACCAUCUGGCUUCUGCUGCUUCUUUUCUCAAUCAUGCUCGUGAUGGGAGCUGUCAAGGAACGGCCUGGGUUGUUGGUGCCGUGGGUAGUGCUCCUCCUCAUCAUCAUGGGCUCGAUUUUAUACGACGCUGUCAUCGCAGGAAUGUCGGGGAAAUACAUCAGUGUUUUGGUGUCAGUUGUCGCUCUUGGCGCGGCAUCAGCGUGUCUUGUAAUUAUAAAGAAGUAUUCGAAGCAACUAAAACGAAGAAAUAAGUACACUGAAGCAACAGCAGCUGCUCAUCUAAACUUACCGCUCUCGGAGCUAUACUGCCAAACGCCUCCCCUGCUCUUUGCUGUAGGAAACUCGAGGCCGAAUGCCCGGUUUGUAAACUACGCAGACAUCACUUCACUCUGCCCAGACUUACCUCCAGAUUAUGCAACUUCAACCGCUCUCAACAAAAUGAAAUUCGAAUCAUCAAAUCGCGCACAAUCAAGUGAAACGACUACGAAUCGCCCAAGUCUUACGGAUGGUAAAUCCAAAACACCCUUACCAACAAACUUGGGGGUUCUCCAUUAACACGGUAAUGAUCCUUCAGGAACCUUUUAGGUUAAUUACUAAGUACCAAGUAAGGUAUUUUUAUAAAUGAAUUAAAAAGUUAAAUGCAAUAUGCAGUUGAAUCGUGAAGUACACUUGCGAUGGCCGAGUGAUCGAGAUAACCAAAUUCAGAUUGGGAACUGAGAGUUGCGGGUUCGAAACCCCUCAACAUGUUGCGGAAAUUCCCGUUGAGUUCGGCAAGAGGGCCGGCCUGGUUGUUACAAAUUGGCUAAAUGCCAACAUGGCCUAAUCGACGCUAACACAACUAUAUUUUUAUAUUUUUUAAUAUAGACAGCGCCCUGUAGAGCACAUCAUAUUGGAAAAAAUAUAACUCUGUAUUCACUGCAGUGA